GACAGGGGUAGGGCGGAUUUUUUAGAAACCGGACGUCUUGUGGCUUCGUGUGAACUUGCGAAUGCGUUUGAGAACGAAGACUGGACGCGGACAAAAGUAUCGCUGUCUCACCUUUUGAUGUGCAAGAUCAUCCUUAUUUAUGGAAGCAACUACCUAGAGUUUUCCAGCUGAUGAGUAAAAACUUUGAUGUAAAAAUGCUUCUUUUAGAGGACUUAAUCACAUGGUCAUGGACAAUAUGAUCCAGAAGAAGCCGCUUCAGAAGAUUUUUACGUCUAAGUGAAGCAGCCACAAUCGCAGCCAG